GUGAAUUUCCUGAGAAGAGAAGACUCUGGCUGGGAGAGCAGUGAGGAUCUCUCAGUCUUGAGACAUCAAAGAGAAAAGGUGGAAAAGACUUUCUCCUGAGGGUUACCCACUUUUCCUGCUGGUGACUGGAAAUCUUUCCCCCCAACACUUUCCAAUUGAAGGAACUUUUUGAAGAGAAACCUGAGCAGACUUUACCUCAGUUCCUGUUGUCCAGGGUUCUCUUAGUCUAAUUAUUCAUUGUGGUAUGGAUUUGACCCAAAAUUUUUGAAGGCUGUGCCAGUGGAAUAUAAGCUCUGUCCUGUUACCAAAUACCUUGGCUUAAAGACACAGCUGCCAGAACAGGUGAGUAUAAAAUACUUUUUUUCUCUUUUCCCUUUACCCCUUAAGUUAAAUUGGGGUCAACAGGAUUUUUUUUUUCCUUCUCCUCUUUAUCUCUCAUUUCCGUCUCCUUUUACUUUAAGGAGGUGGCUCAGUAGAUUAUAAGGCAGGCCAGACUUAGCUAAUCAACUGAUCAACAACGAGGAACCUCAGGAGAGGAAGCUCUUAGGAGCUCCUAGCCCGCAAAAAUCAGCUGAAUACAGCUAGGGAGCUAACUUAAAAACCAUUUUUUUUUUCUGUUUCCUGGCCUUUCUAGUCUUAAAAAUUUAAGUGGGCUUUGCUCAAGGAAGAUAGCACAUGGUCCUAGCGGCUUUAGCCUGAGGGCCAAAGAAGAUUGCUGGGACCCACCCACAUACACUUUGUAAAGAAGGAGAAUUUACAAUACAAUAGGCCCUUAGCCUGUAUAGGGUUGUAGACUCAGAGCCACCUACUGUAAAAAGAAAAAGCCUGUGGAAAGUUUGCUGCUUUGCCCUGCUCCCCACUUGCUUUGUGAAAUUACAAAAUAUACAUAUAAAAAUGAGUACUAUAUCCUUUGACAAUUAUAAGACAGCUGAAGAAGUAGGGGCAUUGAGGAAUGAAGGAUACCUCCAAAUUUUUAUAUUAAUAGGUACUGUCAUUUUUGUACUCCUCAAUACUAUAUUUAGAGAUGAAAAAAUAAAAAAAAUUGAGGAUAAAAUAAAACAAAAUGAGGAGAAAAUAAAACAAAAUGAGGAGGAAAUAAAGCAAAAUGAGGAUAAAAUAGAAAAUAUUGAGGAUAAAAUAGAAAAUGUUGAGGAUAAAAUAGAAAAAAUUGAGGAUACAAUAGAAAAAAUUGAGGAUAAAAUAGGAAAUAUUGAGAAUAAAAUAGAAAAAAUUGAGGAUAAAAUAGGAAAUAUUGAGAAUAAAAUAGGAAAUAUUGAGGAUAAAAUGGGAAAUAUGGAAGAUAAAAUAGGAAAAAUUGAGGAUAAAAUGCAAGCCCAAUUAGAAGAUCUAAAAAGUUUCUUACAGGAUCAAUUGACAAACAACCACUCUACCAAAAAUAGACCUGUUUCUGAACCUUUGAAUGAGGAAAUUUCCUUCCCUGAAAUAGAGAUGGAAAAUACCUUUCCUAUAGCCAAGUUAACAGACUGCUUCUCUGGUGUAGUGCAAAUCUUGUCUGAAUUUAAUCCCCAAAACCCUUCCCCGGCAAUCCCAGAUUCUCAUGUUCCUUCUCCUACAGAAAACCAAAUUCCAAUGCAAGAGAGAUCUUGUCCCCCUAGAAAAACCUGUCCUUGUCAAACUGACCCACAGGUGCAAAAUCCAACUAGAGGUCUGUUUCCUCUAAGAGAAGUACCUGAAAUAGGACGAAAUGGGGAUGUGGUGACUUUAAGACAUAGGAUACCGUUUACUCCCCAAGAAAUAAAUGAAUUUACACGAAAUAUUCCCACAUAUGAACAAGAUCCUUUUCUAGUAACAAAAAAGAUGGGAGACAUAUUUUUUCAGUAUAAUCCGUCUUACAAGGACGUUGAGAGCUUACUCCAGGCUUUUUUAAGUGAACGUGAAAAAAAUAAAAUAAUUGCUCAUGUCAGCAAAACCAGGGGGCGUAAUGCAGCACAUUGGCCAUCUCAGGAUCCCGAAUGGGACUAUAACAAUCCUGAGGAUUAUCUACAACUAUACCGUUGUAGAGAGGCCAUCCUCACGUCCAUGAAGGAAUGUGCGGACAGUACAGAUAAGUGGAUGGAACUGGAAAAAAUUAAGCAAAAGGAAAACGAAACACCCUCCAGAUUUAUGGACAGAAUUAUCGAGUUUGGGGACAGAUACUUAGAUUGGGACUUAACUAAAGAGAGUAGUUUAAGACAAGUUAGGAGAAUCUUUGUAAACAAUUCUUGCAAAGUAAUUAAGAAUUAUUUUAAAACACAAUGCCCAAGAUGGUCAGAUAUGGACCUUGAAGAAUUGCGAAAAACAGCUAUAUAUGUUUUAAAGGGAAACGAAGAAAAGGAGAAAGAAAAUGAUGAUGACAUGGAGGAAAUGAAGAAAAAAAUGAGAUAUUUAAUAGAUAGGAUAACUAAAUUAGAAAGUGGGCAGGGUAAUGAACCAAUGACAAUUGCCCCUCUCCAGAAAUCCAAUUAUCAAUCCAUUACUUGCCACUUCUGUGAGAAGAAGGGCCACAAAAUGAUGGAAUGUAGAAUCUUUCUUAAGAUGAUUGGAAGAAAUACACAGUCUAAUAAUAGCUUUAGAAAUAAUAACUAUAAUGAAUAUAGAAAUAAGAACUUUAGAAACCAGAAUUAUAGAAAUAGGAAUUGGGAAAUCAAUGACAAUGCUCAAAUUGAAGAAAAUUUUAAUGAUAAUACUCAACAAUAUAUGAGAAAUGGCGCUCGUCCAAAAAUUACUCGAGGUACUAAUGACUCUCAGAGAGGUGCCCUUCAGGGGGGUUCCCAAGGAAUAUCCCAAACACAAUGAUGGUGCCCGGGGGGGGCUAGGGCACAGGAAUCAGAGGAUACAACCUUUGAUUUCCCGGACCCUGAUGUCCUACUACCCGUUGUCCCUAUCCACUGCCCUCCCCAUACUAAUGAACCCCAUGUUACCUUAAAGGUGGGUAACACCUAUCAUGAUUGUCUAUUAGACACCGGAGCUUCCUGGUCUGUAUUAAAGAGAAAACCUGAUUUACAAUGUUAUUCUAUUGGCUCAGAGAAUGUAAUGGGAGUAUCAGGAAUAACCCAAAGAGUUAAAAGACUUCCUCCUAGAAUGGUGUCUGUAGGACCCCUAGAGGUACAACACUCUUUCCUUUUGAUGCCUGACUCCCCUUUAAAUUUGCUGGGGAGGGACCUUCUAUGCAAACUCAGAGCCACAAUAACCUGCUCCCCAGAUGGCUCAUUAUCAUUAGAAGUACCAGAGGAAUCUUUAAAAUUACUCCCUGUACUUCUCUCGGAAAACCAGGACGCAAAAGAGCCUUCCAUUUUCGAAAUACCUAAAGAUAUACCUGAGUCUCUUUGGGCCACAUCUUCUUCUGAUGUAGGAUUACUUAAAUCUGCUGUUCCUGUGCAGAUAAAAACUAAAUCUAGCCCACCUCCUUCUAUCCCUCAGUAUCCCCUCUCAAAGGAGGCAAUUGAGGGUAUUACACCAGUUAUUAACUCAUUAAUAGAACAGGGAAUAAUAAUCCCUUGCAAAUCUGAAUACAACACGCCCAUCCUACCAAUUAAAAAACCAAAAAAAGGGCCCGAUGGCAAGCACAUCUAUAGAUUUAUACAGGAUCUAAGGGCAGUAAAUAAUCACGUUAUAAAGAGACACUCCGUAGUUUCUAACAUACAUACUAUUAUUUCAUCUAUUCCUAGCACAGCUACAUACUUUACAGUAGUAGACUUGUGUUCAGCCUUUUUUUCCAUACCAAUACAUGAAAACUCCAGACAUAUUUUUGCUUUCACCUGGAAGGGCUCACAAUAUACCUGGUAUCGGCUGCCACAGGGUUAUGUCGAAAGUCCGAGCUUAUUUGAGCAAAUUUUGAGCCAAGACACAGACAAUAUAACAUUUAAAAAUAGCAAAUUAGUCAAAUAUGUAGAUGAUCUACUCUUGGCUUCAACAGAUGCAAAAACAUGUCAAGAAGAUAGCAAACACCUUCUUUUGGAAUUGCACAAAAGAGGUCAUAAGAUCUCGAAGGACAAAGUUCAGUGGUGUCUCCCCAAAGUAGAAUAUUUGGGGUUCAUUCUGACAGCUGGUGCCCGCUCUAUUUCUCCCAAGCGAAUUGAGAAUAUUCAAAAAUUGAGUGCUCCUACCACUAAAAAACAGUUAAGAGCAAUUCUGGGAGCAACAGGGUUUUGCAGACAAUGGAUUCCUUGUUAUGGGGAAAUUACUAAACCUCUUAUAGCACUAACAAGGGAUGUAGUCCCUGAACCCCUCAAAUUAGAGCCUGAACACCUGUCAGCUCUAUCAGAGCUAAAAAAGGCUAUCUUAUCUGCCCCUGCUCUAGGCAUCCCAAAUUACA